GACAGCUGACCCAGAGUCAGACUCCGACACGCCGCCUCGCUCUUCACAAUGAACGCUGUGGUUACAACCUGAUCUGAGAUCAGCUCUGGCUGCUCGCUUCCCGCCAGUGGGGACCACGUGUCUCUCCGUCCGGCCUGCCAGCGGACCAUGUGGCGGAGCAACAUGGCGGCGCGGAAGAGGGGCGAAGAGAGCGAUUUAACUACCGGCAACAGCGAAUUUCCGUCCCGCAACACCCUUAAUGAGCUGGUCCUGAGCAGAAAUCAAGAUGUGGACCACUCCAUUUUGGCCAUCUUUGAAGACUCAGCUGUUUCACCAGAGAGUCAUAACGAUGCAGAGGAAGCAAAUGAGAGCCUGCUGUGCGCCCUGACUGAGAUGCUGGACCGAGUGGGGCAGGACGAUGACGACGAUGGGAUCUUCUCACCCUUUGACGUCCUGCCAAACACUGAGCUGCUGCACCGAGCGGAGCAGCGCACAGACGAGCCGUGCCUUCAGGAACCCUCGCCUUCUUUCAGACUUCGACCGAGACCCAAGCCACCAAACGAAACCUCGAGAACCCGUUCAAACAGAGAGCAGAAAGUAGAGAGGAAUGGUCGCUCCCAGAUGUUAAAGAAACAAAACCAGAAGUUGUUCUCUUCCAAAAACAGGAGGGCGAAGGCGGAAGUGGAGGUUUUCACCUCAACGUCCCUCGUCAGUUUGGUGAAACUCAUGCACCCCUAUUGCUUGAAGCUGCAUGUGGAGAAGGAGGACGAUCUGAGGAAAAACAAGUCCCUGUUCUCUCAGGAAGAGGUGUUGCGGUACGAACGGCCCUCCGAAGACAGCAACGAAGAGAUAAACGUCGUGUCUGAAGAUGAGGCACCUUCAAAACAGACAGAGGAGGAGGAAGAGGGUGGAAGUAGAGGGGAUGGCCCACUCCUGAAGAGUGUACUGCUAAAUGGAAAGACCUCCAGAGAGAAGAAGAGGGUGAGCUUUGGUCCUGUUCACGUGGCGUCGUUUGAUGAAUCAGAGGAAGAAGAAAUUGAGGAGAAAAGCAGGGAAACACUCGAACAGCCAUCAGGUUCAGCACUUCAACCUUCAAACCAGCCCCCAGACGGAAACAACGGAGAACAAGAGAAGAAGAAAGGCGAGACAAGAAGCAAAUCACUGAGCCUGCAAGAGUACAGGCAGCUCCGGCUGAAUACACGACCCCCGGUGGAGGAACAUAGGGACUACACCAUCGGGUGGCCCUCUGUGUCUGAGCUGCCCAAAGAGCUGCCCCCCAUCCUGCCCCAGCGUAGACCAAACACAGCAGCAGAGUUCAGCACUUUCACCCAACAUGUUAAGUUAAAGGAGGCUAAACUUCACAACCAUCUACAUCACAGGAGGCUAAAGAGCUCAAAACCUGAACCCAGAACCUCCCCUGCCAGCCCACCGUCUGACCACUCAGCCACACCCAGCGGCAGGAAACCAGACAGCAGGAGAAGUCCAGCGAAGAAGCCAAAACUCAUCAGUAGCGACCCUCCAAACCCGGUCCUCGUUAGACUGCACAGCAACAAGCAUCCACAGCAGAUCCAAAAUGAAUCCCCAGCACUUUAUGAGAGAUCUUCAGAACCAAAGCUCAGUACCUCCCUUCCCAACGAGGACAGUAAAGCCAUGGACACCCCGCUGCUUCAGGAAGCAUACGCCAAGCUGACCGACAUGCCGCCACGUGUUGACUCUGAAUCUCCUCAGGAUCUGAGCCGAGCAGAGCAGCCGUCGAGUCCAGACGUUGGGUAUACCGCCAUCGCACCACGCCUCCAUCAUCCUCCCACAGAGGGUCACAUGAUGCCACAGGAGGAGUUUACAGACACUAUGGAACCAGAACCGCCUCAGAACGACUGCAGAGAGAACAGUGCCGCUGAUCAAUCAGGUAUUGAAGCUGCUGACUUGACCAGCCUGCUGGAGCAGUUUGAGGAAACACAAGCUAUAGACGACGGCAUUUGUAGCAACGGGCCCAAACCAGUUCCUGCUCCUUCGUCCUCGUCCAUCAAAGCAAAGUGUCAGGUGGGCCUGGACAGACCUGAGCCAGCAGGACCAGAGCUGACCUCUGCAUCACCACUGAAGCCCCCUGUGGGGCCACUGGGACCUCCGAGCCCUGGAGACGGUCUGAAAGACGUCCGAUCGUUGGACGUCCCCGAGCCUCUGCACACCGAGGUCGUCCUGAGCACCCAGAGGAACCCGCCCACUAGAUGCAGAAGUCUGUCUCUGAAGCUCGUUCAGAUCAUCGAACCGCGCCCGCUUCCAACCAGGAAGGUUCGGACGAGCCAAUCGGAGCCGCCCGCCGUUCACAGUUCGGCUCAGAUCUACGCAUACUUGUGCUGCGAUCAUGAUUACUGCGGUUCUGCUGAGCGUUGUCCUCCACAAGCCCAGCAGCCGGCUGAAGCUGCCACAGAACCGGAGCGGACGGCGGAUCACGUUUCAGAGAACCCUCGAUCGAAUCAAACCAGGACGGGUUCAGAGACGGACAAGAGUACAGACGAAGCUCUGCGGUUUUCACCCAGAAAGGAAGCAGACAGGGGUGGCCGAGACGACAGCAGGGUGACGCUGUGCGGCCUCCCUACGCCUCCACCCACUCCUCCUGGGAGAGGACGGAGCAGGAGGAGGUAUCGGGUAAGAUCUCCUCGCUCGGACUCCGGCUCCAGCUCCUCGUUCUGCUCCUGCUCACCAAAACGACCCAGGAUCCGGCGCUGGCGCUCAGAGAGCAGCUCCUGCUCGUCCUCCCCUUCCUACUGCGCCUCGCCUCCUCGGCGUCACCGCGCAGCCCUAUCAAGGUCCAGAUCCAGGUCCUGGUCCCGGUCCAGAUCCCGAUCGUCUUCUCCUCAAAUAUACCACAGGCGCUGGAGGGAUGUGUCUGCCAGCAGGGAGUCCAGGCGGCGCAGCAGAGAGCGGGAGAUGAGGAUUCAGAAACUUAAAGCCAUAGACGAACGCAGGGUGGUGUACGUCGGCCGGAUCCGCAGAACGAUGACGCAUGACGAGCUGAGGGAGCGCUUCUCUCAGUUCGGAGAGGUCGAGUGCGUGUCGCUUCACUUCAGAGACGGCAGCGACCACUACGGCUUCGUGACAUUCUACAACACAGAGAAUGCAUUCGCAGCCAUCGAUAACGGCGGGAAGCUGAGACAACCCGAUGAGCUGCCCUUUGACCUCUGCUUCGGUGGUCGGAGGCAGUUUUGUAAUUCUGACUACGCUGAUCUGGACGCUAACAGAGAGGCAGAGCCGCUGCCCCCCAGGAGUCGAUUUGAAGACCUGGACUUUGACUCGCUGCUGAAACAGGCCCAGAGAGGACUGAAGAGGUAGCAGAGCCGAGUGCAGCACCAGGACGAAGAUCACCCAGAGACUUUCUGGACCCCAGAGCAUCAAUCUCACAAUAAUGUAGCAAAGUCUUUUUUUGUUUGUUUGUUUUAUUACUUUUAUUUUGGGUGUUUUCAGGUUUGAAAGAAUAAGCUGAACACGUUUGCAUUUAUUGAUUUGUAUAUGACAGUACAGCACUGAUUGUACAGUUUUUCAGGUGGAAUGUUGAACAGCAUCAUUAUGUAGCGCUCUGACAGUGAAUAUGUUUUAUUGCAUGUUUGUUACAUUCCAACACAGUUACAUGUUUAAAGUUUUCUAUAUCAAAAUAAAGAUGCUUUAUUGUUUC